AAAGGAGACGCUGCGCUUCUAACCUCUCCCACUACUUCUCUAGGUGCCCCCGUCUGAGAGCGAGAGUGGAACUGCGGAGAGGCGAUCGUCUUCGUCUCAGUUCAGCCUUGUGUUUGUUCGCCUCGGUGCCUUGUUCUGGACUAUCACCAUGGGUAUGCUGGCGAAGAAGGAGCGUAGAGGCAGGGAUGUAAAAAGCUUCCUGAAGAGGAAUUGGAUUCUCAUAGCAACCAUUGCUUCUGUGCUAUUAGGAAUUAGCCUGGGACUGCUGGUGCGGGAGUAUGCUUCUCUCUCACAGCUUGAAAAGCAAUAUUUUGGCUUCCCUGGAGAGAUCCUGAUGAGAAUGUUAAAACUAGUUAUACUGCCACUAAUAAUUUCCAGCAUGAUUACAGGAGUGGCGGCUCUGGAUUCUGAAGUGUCAGGCAGAAUUGGUCUUCGUGCAGUAAUAUAUUACUUCAGCACCACCAUAAUAGCUGUCAUUCUUGGAAUUGUCUUGGUAACAACUAUUAAACCUGGAGUGUCUCAGACUGCAGACAGUAUCGACAGAGCUGGAACCACUCCAAAUGUGACCACUGUUGACACCCUUCUAGAUCUUGUCAGGAAUAUGUUUCCUGAGAAUCUUGUGCAGGCAUGCUUUCAGCAGUACAAGUCACAGCGCAAAGAGAUUGAAACGCCCAUGGGCAACGCAAGCAGAAAUGCAGUUACAAUAACUUUCCCACCUUUUACUACCGUGAUGGCAACAAUUGCACAGAACCUGACCAAAGACUACACUUUAGUGGGAACAUACUCAGACGGGAUCAAUGUUCUGGGCCUCAUUGUGUUCUGUGUGGCAUUUGGCCUGGUCAUUGGGAAAAUGGGAGAACGGGGUCGAAUCCUGCUGGAGUUCUUCGAUGCUUUGAAUGAAGCCACUAUGAGACUAGUGCAAAUCAUCAUGUGUUACAUGCCAUUGGGUAUCCUAUUUCUGAUUGCUGCUAAGAUCAUUGAAGUAGAAGACUGGGAUAUCUUCAGGAAAAUGGGUCUGUACAUGGCCACUGUGCUGAGUGGACUUGCCAUACAUGCCAUUGUAUUCUUACCUUUGAUCUACUUGGCCUUGGUAAGAAAGAAUCCUUACACAUUUGCUCUGGGCAUGGCGCAGGCGUUGGUGACGGCUCUCAUGAUUUCCUCAAGCUCCGCAACCUUACCAGUCACCUUCAGAUGUGCAGAAGAAAAUAACAGGAUCGACAAGCGGAUCACGCGCUUUGUUCUUCCAGUGGGUGCUACCAUCAACAUGGAUGGUACAGCACUUUACGAGGCAGUGGCAGCCAUAUUUAUUGCCCAGUUAAACGGUCUCGACCUUGAUGUGGGAAAAAUAGUGACUAUUAGUAUCACAGCAACAGUAGCCAGUAUUGGAGCUGCAGGAGUCCCAAAUGCUGGUCUAGUAACCAUGGUGAUAGUGCUGACUGCAGUGGGUCUUCCAGCCAGUGAUGUCACCCUCAUCGUGGCUGUGGAUUGGCUGAUCGACCGCUUCCGCACUAUGAUCAACGUACUGGGGGAUGCCUAUGGUGCUGGGAUAGUCCAGAAGCUCUCGAAGCGAGAGCUGGAGAGGAUGGACAUCACCUCCGAUGUGGAUGUUGCCAAUCCCUUCGCCCUUGAGACCACUCUUGAUGAUGAAGAGUGCGAGAAGAAAUCCUACGUAAAUGGAGGCUUCACCGUAGACAAGAGUGAUGCGAUUUCUUUCACCGAGACCUCACAGUUCUAGUCCCACACAGUCAGUUAUGGAAGAUUGGAGUGAAUUACCUCUAGAGGGGUUGAGGGUAGUGUAUACAGUUCAUGAAAUCAGUGCCAUUAUGAAGGGAGGGGGGACCCAUUUCAGAGGACAUGUCUGAACACAGACAUUAUCAGUAGCUGCCAUUACUGUCCUCCCUUCACAUUUCCUCUAUCGCUGUGCCCUUGAGUUGACUACUACUUCUACUUUGUUCGUGCCAACAGAAAAGGCAUUCAUGGAAGUGAGGAAAAAGGGGUUGUGAGCGCUUCCAAAAUGCAUCAACUGGUUGCCAAGAAUAUGCAAAGGCACUUUUUACACAUUUUUCUUACCUUCAUUGUUUUUAGUGGCGUCACAGCAUCGAGUUGUUUGUGCAGAUAAUCAAAAGUCUGUAUCUGAUUUUGUAUGUAUGCUGAUGGAAAGGGUCGAUAUCAUGUCAGUAAAGCAGAUUUGUGUAUACUGUAUAAAUUGCAACAAAGCGCAUGUCCUUAACAAAAUUAUUAUAUUUCUCAUGUGCAGUGUAUAUACACAGGCAGACAUCAAAGCAAUAUGCUCAGCAUUGUAACUGGUUUUUAGUAAGUUAAUUUAACCUUCUUCUUUUUCUAGUCUUAAAUCUGGUGAGUUGUGCCUACACUUGCUGUUGAGAGCCAAUUUUUGUGAGCUUUGAGCGUCUUGAAUUUGCAACUUGUGCCAAACUUGAACAUUCUGAUAUGAAGGGAACAACUCCUAAAACCCUGCGACAUUUAAUCAAGUAUUGCAUGAAGCAAUAUGAUGAACACCACAGGUGUGGCCUUUAAAGGAUGAAUGGAUCUUUGAUUUUUUUUUUUAAUUAAUCUUUAUUUUCUCCCACUAACUAGUUCCCAAUUCAAUAGCUUUCAUCGAUACCAUUGAUCUGGGAGGGCAAAGGCCAGUGCAUGCUCCCUCCUUUACAUAUAAAGUAUCUUUUUAAGCUAUUACCAGGGAGCAUAGUGGACUUGAAAGGAAACAUGCCAUUUUUCUUCCUUUCUGUCUCCAUUUUUGGGUUGUAGAAACACAUCAUUAGAGCUAUUGGGCUACUUUACACAGGUGCAAAGGGGCUAGAACAUGAAGUGUUAUUAAAGAAUUGCUCAAUGUGUCUACAGUUUAUUUAGCUAUGUAGUAAUCAGUGCUAAUUAAUUUGCUGUUUUGUAAGUCAUGGUUAAUUCACUGUUCAAGUCAAUUCUGUGUGCUAGACUGGAAUUGGAAAGAGGCAGUUUUCAUUGUGAUAUGGUUAACAUUAAAUGUUGACAACCAGAGUUUAUACUGUACAGUCUGUUCCAAGCACAUUUCUGUCAAACGCAGUCACUUACAAACAUUUUAAAAUUAGCUUACAGUACAAUGCAACAUUAUGAACCUACAAAUGAAUAAAAUCUAGCACAUCUGAGUACA